CUCCUCUCCGCAGCCAGCCUGCCCACCAGUCGAGCGGCUGCUGCUGAGGCUGGUGGGCCCGACUCUCCCAGAGAGAGGGAAAGGCAGGCGGCAGUCUGGCGUCAGGAGCGACAUGGGGUCCCGGGCUGAGCUGUGCACCCUCCUAAGCGGCCUCUCACUCCUCCUCCUCCUGACGUCCGGCCACGGGUCCAAGGGUGGAUCCCCCAGAGAGAGUCAGGGGGUCUGCUCCCAGCAGACGCUGCUGGUCCCGCUCCGUUACAACGAGUCCUACAGCCAACCCGUGUACAAGCCCUACCUGACCCUGUGCCCGGGCAGGCGCAUCUGCAGCACCUACAGGACCACAUACCGCGUGGCGUGGCGGGAGGUGAGGCGGGAGGUGCGGCAGACGCACGCCGUGUGCUGCCAGGGAUGGAAGAAGCGGCACCCGGGGGCGCUCACCUGUGAGGAAGGGCGGAGGGGAUGGGCGGGCCGCCCGGGAACAGGGGAGCAGAAAUGUGAAGACCAAACUGGCAUCCAGGGGUUGCUCAGUCCUGGGCACCUGGGCCCGGCAGGAAUGAGACCUCGGAGUGAGAAGAGUCCGCCCCCCUGA